AUGAGCGCGUGGGCGAGCGUCGUGAGCGGAGGGAGGGCGAGCCAGACGAGCGAGGGCGCGAGCGGGAAGGAUGCGAAUGAAACGCAGAGGCGAGCGUCGAGCGCGGGAGAGGGACGGAGUCUAGGGAACGCUGGUGGUGGUGGAGUAGGUAGUGAAGGAUCGGGGGCAUCGGGAGAAGGCGCGGAGGCGGGGAAGCGGAGAAGCGAGGGCGGGACGCGAGAGGAACCGACAAAGCCGGCGUGGGGGAAACCGACGGUGGCGAGCGAUGCGGCCGCGGCCGCGGCGCUCGCGGCGGUGAAACCCGUGACUUGGCCGACUUUGGGCGAUGCGAAAAAUCCAGAUCUUAAACCCGACACCGUGCCCCCUUCGAGGGCGAGGACGGGCGAGGGCCAACAGAGCGGAGGGACGUCGGGCUCGCAAGGCGGCAAGGCGGGAGGCAACGGCAAGGGUAAGAACGCGAAGAAUGGUGGUGAUAAGAAUGGAGGGAAUCGAGGUGGCGGCGGCGCGCGCGGUAACAACGGUGGCAGAGGCGGUAAUGGUGGCGGAAGAGGCGGACGGGGCGGACGCGAAGGCGACAAGACUUGGGCGAGAGGACACGGGUACGACGGUCGUUUCCAGUACGACGCCGCGGGACGAGGAGGUCGGGGCGGUCGAGGUGGACGGGGUAACAAGAACUUUGAUUCUUCGUAUCAGGCGCCGUUCGAGGGUGGAUAUUACAUGCCGCAGGGCGCUCAAAUGUAUUACCCUCCGCAACACAUCAUGCCGGCGCAAGUGCCGCAACGAGAUCAAAUUCUUUCCGCUGUGAAGCAGCAGGUGGAGUAUUACUUCAGCGUGGAGAAUUUGUGCAAGGAUUUGUUUUUGAGAUCUAAGAUGGACCCCAAGGAGGGAUGGAUCGCCUUGUCCGUCAUCGCGAGUUUCAAUCGCAUUCGCAUGAUGACUCCGGAUCCAGCCAUGAUUUACGACGCUCUCGUUGGCUCUAAGACGGUGGAAAUCAGCGCCGGCAACGACAAGAUUCGUAAAAUGGGUGACUGGAACGCGUGGUUGUUAGAUGCAGACGGUAAGCCGCAACAGGUUGCGCCCAUGCAAGCGCCAGCGAGCGCCGCCGACGUCACGCAACAGAUGGCGGCGGCGAGCGGCGGCUCUCCUUUGCAGUCUUCGGAAAAGAAGGGAUCAAAGUCAAAGCUCAAGAAGGACGAGGAUGAAAUGUUUGAGAUGGAUGAAGAUUUCGGGGAGGAGGAAGAUGACGACGAUGACGAUGACGAUGACGAUGACGAUGAUGACGACUACGAAGAAGACGACAUGACGGAUGUCGACGUGAGCCGUCUCAUGAUUGUGUCCCAACGUCCGGGUCGAGGCGGUCAGAACAGAGGUGGGCGCCCGCCGUCUGGAGCGAACGGCGAUGUCGCGACCGUCAUCAACGACGGUCUUGCGUUCUAUCAAAAAGAUCUCAAAGGGAAGAAAUCUUCUCCUCCGGGAGCUGGCGCGAUCGCGGCGCCGCCGGGUCCUGGAAGCGCGGUGGAGGAUUUUCUGUCGGCUCGCAAGAUCGCACGCACUUUUUCCCUUC